AUGCUGAAUGUUUUUCUGACUUUUCAAAGACUGUACAGACUAUAUGUGAUUCUUCUCUCUCAACUAAGGCAGCUCCACACCCCCACCAACCUCCUGCUGCUCUCUCUGGCUGCCUCAGAUUUCCUCGUGGGGCUCCUCAUAUCCUUUCCACUGGUCUCCUCAGACGGCUGCUGGUACCUGGGUGACCACAUCUGUGUGCUGUACAGUGUGUUUGACGCCACACUGGUCACUGUCCCAGUGGGAACCAUGGUGCUAAUUUCUAUCGAUCGCUAUGUGGCCAUCUGUUACCCUCUGCAUUAUCAUUAUAAAAUCACUGUGAGGAGAGUUUUAGUUGUUAAUGUACUCUGUUGGGUCUGCUCUGUGCUGUAUGUCAGUGUGAUGCUUUGGGACAUAUUCAUUCAGCCUGACCGGUUUAAAACCUGCCAGGGCGAGUGUGUAAUAGCUUUUGAUGAUAAUGAGGGAAUCAUAGACUUUGUCCUGAUCUUUGUAGGCCCUGUAUCUGUGAUCAUAGUUCUGUAUCUCAGGGUGUUUGUGGUGGUGGUGUAUCAGGCUCGGGCCAUGAGGGGUCAGAUUAGAGCCGUAACUCUGAAACGAUCAGAGGCCGUGCACGUCAGGAAAUCUGAGCUGAAAGCUGCCGGGAUCCUAGGAGUGGUUGUUGUUACUUUUCUGUCGUGUUACUUCCCAUAUUACUGCUCCUCCUUAGUAGGGGAUUUUCAUUUUAGUUCGACAGCAUUUCCUUUGCAGACCUGGCUGCCGUACUUUAACUCCUGUCUGAACCCACUCAUCUAUGCCUUUUGCUACCCCUGGUUCAGGAAGUCUGUUAAGCUCCUACUGACACUAAAGAUUCUUCGCCGUGGCUCCUCUAGGCUGAACGUCCUACUGUACAGACUAUAUGUGAUUCUUCUCUCUCAACUAAGGCAGCUCCACACCCCCACCAACCUCCUGCUGCUCUCUCUGGCUGUCUCAGAUUUCCUCGUGGGGCUCCUCAUAUCCUUUCCGCUGGUCUCCUCAGACGGCUGCUGGUACCUGGGUGACCACAUCUGUGUGCUGUACAGUGUGUUAGACGCCACACUGGUCACUGUCCCAGUGGGAACCAUGGUGCUAAUUUCUAUCGAUCGCUAUGUGGCCAUCUGUUACCCUCUGCAUUAUCAUUAUAAAAUCACUGUGAGGAGAGUUUUAGUUGUUAAUGUACUCUGUUGGGUCUGCUCUGUGCUGUAUGUCAGUGUGAUGCUGUGGGACAUAUUCAUUCAGCCCGACCGGUUUAAAACCUGCCAGGGCGAGUGUGUAAUAGCUUUUGAUGAUAAUGAGGGAAUCAUAGACUUUGUCCUGAUCUUUGUAGGCCCUGUUUUUGUGAUCAUAGUUCUGUAUCUCAGGGUGUUUGUGGUGGCGGUGUCUCAGGCUCGGGCCAUGAGGGGUCAGAUUAGAACCGUAACUCUGAAGCCCUCAGAGGCCGUGCACGUCAGGAAAUCUGAGCUGAAAGCUGCCGGGAUCCUAGGAGUGGUUGUUGUUACUUUUCUGUCAUGUUACUUCCCAUAUUACUGCUCCUCCUUAGUAGGGGAUUUUCAUUUUAGUUCGACAGCAUUUCCUUUGCAGACCUGGCUGCCGUACUUUAACUCCUGUCUGAACCCACUCAUCUAUGCCUUUUGCUACCCCUGGUUCAGGAAGUCUGUUAAGCUCCUACUGACACUAAAGAUUCUUCGCCGUGGCUCCUCUAGGCUGAACGUCCUGUAG